CGGGGACAACUGUGGUGGCAGCGCUAUUACUCUGUUAUUCACCACCACACGGCAAUUUUCAUUCUCUCCGCUUAGCCUGUAUCAACGCCAUUGCUGAACGGCACAACUCCUUGUAUUCAAGAAACGGGGGAUUUAAAGUGCACACGUGAACGAGAAAGACUUUAAUCGUUGGUCUAACAUUACCGUCGCUUGACUCGGAACCAACACUUCACAUUAAAAAAGAUUCAUCCUGAUGCUUCAUUUUAAACCUCCGUUGGAACUAUAUGUGAGAGCCACCAGGCAGGCAGGGCAUCUCCCUCCAGCAGCACAGCCUCUCCGCGCUCUCAUGACGACCGCGCGCUCGCAGGCCAAUGUCAUGGCAACAAAGCUACAACCCGAUAUAUGUUGGGUAAAGGUGCAAAGCGGAAGCUGGACGAGGAUGAAGAGGGGCUGGAAGGCAAAGCGCUGGCGGUGCUGUCCGGGGCGUCGCCGUCGUCCGCCAGCGGCUGCCCCCCCGAGGGCCCGCCGUCCUUCCUGGCGGCCAAGGGCGUGUCGUACACGCUCCAGCGGCAGACCAUCUUCAACAUCUCGCUGCUGAAGCUGUACAGCCAGCGGGCGCUGACCGAGCCCAGCCUGCAGCGCCGCGUGCUCAUCAACAACAUGCUGCGGCGCAUCCAGGACGAGCUCAAGCAGGAGGGCGCGCUGCGGCCGCCGCACUUCCCCGCGCCGGGGCCCGCCGCGCCGCCGCACGACCACCACCCGCUGGACGAGGGCUUCCGCCAGGCGUCCUCCUCGCCCACGCCCGCUGCGGCGGCGGCGGCGACAGGAGGAGGAGGAGCGCCUUUCGGGGUGUCGUCGUCGUCGUCGUCCGCGGGGUUGGGGCUGCCCGCAAACGGACUGACGUUGCAGCCCCCGCCGCAGGCCGGUCUGACCCCCGCCUCCCUGCUGGAGGAGGACGCGGGGGCUUUCGGAGCCUUGCCUCCUCCCCCUGCUCCCUCGCUGGUGCCUCCCUCUUCCACCACCUCCCCCUCCUCCUCCUCGCCCCUGCUCAUGGGCGCCCCCUGUAGACCCCUCCGAGACAGCUUCUCCUCAGCGCUGGACGAGAUCGAGGAGCUCUGUCCGUCGGCGGCGGUGGCGGCGGCCGCCCACAUGACUACCUCCCUCUCCCCCUCGCCCCUGUCCGUCUCCUCGGCGUCCUCGUCGCCCGCCUCCCCGUCCCUCACCGCGGCGUCGUCCCUGCACCUCACGCUCACCCCCGCUCUCGUCCCCUCCCUGGCCCUGUCGGCCUCGGACUCCAAAGACUGCGGCAAAGCCAGCAGCCCAAAGCCUGACGUCGUCCCCAUGGACACGCUUCCCCCGGCCGAGCUGGACAUGAGCACCUCCCCUUCCUCCUGCGCCGCCUCCACCCCGUCGUCCUGCACCACCUCAUCCUCCUCCUCCUCGGGCUUCCUCACGGACUUGGCCCUGGACGACAUCCUGUUCGCCGACAUCGACACUUCCAUGUAUGACUUUGACCCGUGCACGUCUGCCUCGGGCGGCGCCGGAGCCUCCAAACUGUCGCCGGUGGUGACGGCCGACGACCUCCUCAAGACGCUGUCGUCGCCGGGGGUGACGCCCAGCCAGCCUUUCAAAAUGGACCUGACCGAACUGGACCACAUCAUGGAGGUCCUCGUUGGCUCAUGAUAGUCUAUGGGUGGUGGAGUCUGACACUCUCACAGACACACACACAGACACAGAGACAGACAUUUCACAUCAACACAAAGCGUAAAAGCAAAACGAAUCAAAGAUUAUUCUUUUUUCGAUAAAAACUGUACACUUUUAUGUUUUGAGGCUCGUUUUGUACAGUCUGUUGUUCCUUGUUUUUAUGUAAGAUGAGGCGGUUGUAAUAACGAAUGAUGAUGUCACCUGAUACUACUUCACAACACUGUGCAUGCACUUGCCUUUCCCCAACCGAGGGAGGAAAAAAAAUACAAACCAGAACCGGAAGAACGUAAGGAACAUGCUUCGCUUUCUCGCAGAACCCAGUGCCUUCAUCAUCAUUUGACCAGUCGGUCAGUUCCUGCUGUUUGACCAUCCCUCUCCAUAUACAGCUCCACCUGCUUUGAAAAGACACAUGGCCGUGAAGAUACCCUUUCAAACGCAAAUCCCCUCCUAGGAUACCCUCUGGUUCUCUACUGGUGCAAGUAAUGAACAAAAUAUCAUACCCUCCUCUGGCGUUAUCUUUUUCUUUCUCUUCAAAGCACAAUUUUUUAAUGUGUGAAGUUGUGUGUGCGUGUGUGUGUGUGUGUGUGUGUGUUUCUGUGUGUGUGUGUGUGUGUGUGUGGGUCAGUGUGUGUAUGAUUGUGUCCUGUAUGUAAAUAUAUUUCAGCUUGCAGAGAUACUUUUAAUCUAUUGUUUUUUGUAUUUUUUUUGUAGUCCUGCUUUUCUCUGUAGCCACUGGUCCACUCCAGUAACGAAUCUGAGACAGCCCCGAAAGGAGUCCAGUGUUCUCUCUUACAUGGGGAGAAGAUGUGCGUGUGUAUUGUUUAUUUUAUUUUAUUUUAUUUUUGGGGGGAGGGUCUCGCACUCACUGUGUGAUUGUGGAUGGGUCUCUUGAGUAGUCAGGGAUACACCCGCAAGCAUGUUUCAAACAUUCAACAGAGGAGACUUCAGUCAGCUUGUUUACGAUGUUUUCUGACAGACUCUUACAAAGAGGGGGAGAAGCCCUUGUGCAGACAUGAUAGUGUUGAUAUCUGAAAUGUAAGGAGGGGUGGAAAUAAUGGCAUAUAUGCAAUCACCAGUCACCUUCACUAAAUCAAAUGCAAAUGCCAUCCAGCUGUUGGCCACAAUGUUCCCAAAAGCAAAACUUACCUCGCCAGGUGAUCUUUCAGAAAUUGUACUUGUACUCGAGUGGAACAUUGUUGAAGUCGUGAGAGAUCGCAGAGAGAUGGUCAUCUGUCCAGUCACAGCACAGUGCAGUGACUUGCCUCUAAAAACACUAGCACGGCGUGUGUUGUAUGUACUGCACAGCCAUGGAGGUGCACAGGAUGGAGAUCACAAGUGCGCCGCAGUUUCUCAUCAAGCCUUUCUCAUAGCAUGCCAAAAUGGUGAAGCCCAGAUCUAUAAGCAAUGAUUGGGAGUUAUUUCAGUUGUCUCUCCAGUUUAUUUCAGCUUUCUGUUGUGGUUUUGAAAAAGCACUAACAUGUCUGGUUUCUGCCCAGUGGCAUGACAGGGACAGGCGUUGUGAGAGGACAGCCUAUCCAUCAGGACCCAGUGCAAAUGUAUGCCAGUUCUGUUCAUGUACUGCCGUUCGUUUUGUCCCCAUCCACUCCAGCCACUAUUAAUCUUUAUGGCUGCUUAGCCAAUAUGCACUGGGUAGCUAGCGUGGCAUGCUAAGAGCCGAUCACUUUCAUCUCAUGGGAACCACUGAGCACAAUGGGAAUGGUUACGGUAGCUUUAGGGACAGUUGUAUAGAUGACUGCUCAAGAGAGACGUCCCUGAGCAAGCAAACAUUUCAAGGGACCAGUCCCCAGUCUAUCAACUCAACACAAAUUAUGGUGCAGCAUAUGAUUUCAAAAUGUGUUACUUACAGUCUAAAGCCUGGUGAAAAACAAUGUACACUUGUAAUGUACUUAAUGGACUUAUUUCAUGGUUUUCAUGGUUUUCAUGGUCAUUUCUUUCAGAUUCCAUACAUGUAGCUUGGCUCCCCCCUAAACAAUAAUAUUGUUGCAGCAAUUUCAGCUGAGACAACUGCAUUUUAUGUUCAAACAUAUGCAAUUUUUUUUUAUUAUUAUUAAAAGCCUCACGUGCAAACUCAAAAACCUUUGGAGGUGGACCCGCUACAAAGCGUGCAUUAAUAAUCAGUGUGUUACAAGCACUGGGAAAGACUCGAAUUACUGAGGAGUAUACUUGGUCCCUCUGCAGCGUACACACACACUCAGUGGGGAACGCAUCACUGGGGUCAGUCACAGGGGCCUCAACAGAAACCACCUGUGGGCGAUAUGCAGAGUCACGCCCAAGUGAAUGGUGGGUUUCCAAGAGCAUUUUUAUUUUUGAUGAAAUUAGGAGAGUGAAAGGGAGAGAGAGAGAGAGAGAGAGUUGACCGAAAGCCGAGCGGACAAUAUGACGGACACGUCCGAAACUAGGAUUAAUAAUGAGUUUGUUUGGUCUUUUUGUGAAGUUUGGAUUUGGAGUGAUUGUUUCUUAUCAUUUUAAGUUAUUUAUUCUUCCUUUUCCGGUGUAAAUAUAUUUAUUUUUGUUGAUGUGAAGCUAACAUCUGGAUUGUAAUGUGUACAGAAUGUAUGUACGGAAUGUACUGUGCUUAUAGGAAUGUAUCAUGUAUUAAAUUGGGGUGGAAGCCAUUAUUUUAUUUUGUUUUAUUUUUGUUUUCUUGUUUUGGUUUGUUUUGGAAAAAACAGCAUCAGCAUCAUCAUUAUUGUUUCACUUAUUUCAGUAUAGGUUCGUGCUCUGGGUAUCUUGAGUCGCUCCUAUUUAAUUAUAAGUAUUUAAAAAUGUCCUCAGUUUUACUCUGACUGAGUGGAAGGGAAUGGGUUUGUGCAGCAAUACUUUACACUCUCAAAUUUUAGAGGCUCAGACUCCAAAACCGAACUACAGAAAAACAUGUAUAUUGUCAACUCACAAUGCCAAAAUGUGUUUGUAAAGAGGGAGAAGAUCUAAAUGCUUUCUAUCACCAGUCAUCACCAGACAAAAUGAUGUCACACUUUCUCCAGACCAUGGUUAAAGCCCUUACAUUUGGUUUAAUGAAGAUGGCGGAGUGGUUUGGGAGAGUGACCACUGGAAAAGUGUUUGUUGUUUGUGUGUGUGUGUGUGUGUGUGUGUGUGUGUGUGUGUGUGUGUCAGAGCAGUGGGGUAGAAGAAAACUCCUGUUCUGUUAAAAUGAGAGGCUGUAUUUUUCACAGACCUUGGAGCUGUGCCUUUUUCUAUGCAAUAUUACCAACAUAUUUGUCUGAGAAAGAAAUAAAAAAAAAAAACAUCAAGUGAUGAUCACUGUAUUUGCAUCAAGGUGUGGACUGUAGAAUAUAUAUUAAAUUUGACAGGUGUCUAUGAAUUUGAAACAGUCUUACUUUUGUAGUUUUAUAUUAUACAAUAAACUGUAAAAUGAAA